AUGGGUGCCGAGGGUCAGCAAAGUACACAUAACCUUCCUUCGCCCUCCUCAUAUCUGGAGCAACACACAGCGGAUACUCUGCCAAUUCCAGUUCCAGAUUCUGUAAUUGCUAAUCAAAAGUGGUCUAUGCUAGUGUUUCGUAUGUGUGUUAUUCAAUAGCCCCUCCUUCUCAUUUAUAUACUAUUUCAAUCUGCUAAGCUUGGUUUACACGGACAGAGAACUGCAAUAGCUUAUCACCACUUUCUUGUCUACCAGGCCACAUGGACAAAUAUAUCAAGAAUCAAGAUCUAAGGAAGAAUGGUGCUCAGAUAUCAGCGCGACUUGUAUCUAAAAUUCAAAAUUCGCUAACGGAGCCUUCGUCGGAUAUCAAGCUUCCACUAAAUGGAAAAGAGCAUACAUUUCUAUAUUCUCCAAGAACAACCAGGUUAUUCAUAGAUGGUAAGUUACAAAUUACUUGACUCUCGAGUUCUUUCUGAAUGUAAAAACGAAAUGCGUGAGAUAAAUUUAAAUGAGCUAACUUUUGCUUUAUGUAGCAUUCUUUGACGAAACAUACUAGUAAGAAUAAAGAAUCUCCAAUUCGAGCUGCUCUGAAGUUUUUUCUUCCAAUUGAUGCCUCUGAUAUUGUAACAUGACUAAUGCAGCUGUGAAAAACAGCUUUCGCCCCUACCUUCAGCGCGCCGAUUUCGAUCGCUCAUUUGCAGAUUUCACAAUAUCCCCCACGCUCGUAGAGCCGUCUUUCCUCGCCCUAGCUAAUGCAAUACUGGCCUUGGGAAAUGACCUCUACGUCAAAAGACUCUCGGUCGUGUCAAAUUCUGAGUCCGCUCUAGCUCGAAACAUGACCCAGUAUUUCCAUACAGCGUUGUACUACCGCCCCUACCUGUCCAAUGGACUUCAUUCGAGAGUAAAAUUACAGGUAGACAUCAUCAGUUCAAAAUUGCGUUCUCUUAUUCAGUCUCGCUAACUUGUGCUGGCAGGCGUUGCUUACCAUGGUAAGUUAAGAUGGCAUGCUAGGAAAGUGAUGUAUGCUAAUUUCAGCCUUAGCUACUUUUCUGUCACUCUCGCAACGAGGUUGACCUCACAAAAUCGCUGUUGUCUGAGGCUUUAGAAUCCAUCCGUUCUUUAAGACUUAGUCAAGAAAGCUGGACAAGCGACAAUUCAAAAAAUGAAGAUUUUGAAAAAACUAAUCUGAUGCAUCGACUUAUAUAUCUUAUCGAGAAGCCAUUUUUACUCAGACAUGGACUACCGUCGGUAAGUUCACAUUUCUUGUUGUAAUUUUCAGACUCCGCAGGUGAGAGACUUGAAGCUUACAGCUGCCUCCUAUCACAGACGAUAGACGAAGAGGUUUUAGAUUCUCCUCUGCAAAAAAGACACAACAUGGAAGAAUCUCAUUUAAUGAACUCCAAAAGCGACUGGAUGACCGUACACAUAAAAUACGCUAUUCUCUGCAGGUCCGUCUCCAAAACUUUGUAUGGAGGAUACCGAGAUAGAAACCUGUCCGAAUCUCUGACCCACAUAAAACGAUUGCAUCAUGCAGUUUUGAACUGGGAAUCUCUGAUUCCAUCAGAGUACCGUCCAAUUCAGAAUCCAAUCGAGGAGUUUUCCGAUCAAGUUUUGAAAAGACAUAGUAGCAUUUCAUGGGAUAUCACACUGAAGUUCUGCGAAGUCAUGUUGGCAAUCCAUCGCUGGGCCAUCUUUGAAGUGGUCAUGCCGGCGGAGUUGGAGACUCAAUAUUCACGAAACAUAGCGAGUAGUCGAACAAUAUGCCUGAGCAUCUCAAAACAAAUUCUUGGUCUUGCGCAGCUUGCCUCGCCGAAUGACCAAAAGUCGGAAUGGUAAGGAUGUUACCCCUCGUCAAUUGUAGCGAUUGAUUUCGCACUUUUUACUUGUUUUCAUAUACUGAUUCUAUAUGGGUAAUUUCUAGGGCCCUUCUUCACCUUCCUGCUGUCGGUUUUGGCAUUGUCUUCCUAGACACGACAGCGUGCUGGAGCUCCAAGCACGAACUAGCUUACCGUAAGUACCCCGUGGGUAAUUUUCUCCACUAUGUAUUCCACCCUUUUGGGAAGAGGUGCUGACACUUGAUAUUCCGAACAAAAGUUGGCAUUGCUUGUGGAAUAUACGCUCGCCUGACCAUAAGCUGCCCCAAUGGAAGCUUCAAUAUCUUCGACGAGAUAAACCAGUUAAGUAUCAUCGCUAACAGGAGCAUCUCCAAUGUCCCAGCUGGAACUGAGAUUGUGCUCCCCGUUUCAGAGAAGGUCGACGAAAUGUGGUUCCUCAACAAUCAAGCUACUUUCCCAGAUGUAAGUCCUAUCUCUAGUUGCACCGUGACUCCACCCUGAGGCCUGGAGCGAAAUAUCUGCUUUAUAAUACUUUCUGA